AAGAAUACCACUAAUUUUAGUUAGGUAGAAUCGUGUGCAAUAUUAUGCGGAUAGAAGUUGGCGGGAGAGCGUGUGCCUUUGUUCCCGGAAAAUAUCAACUUUUAACUCAAUAAUAUCCGCUUGCAAAUAAAUAUAAUCAUGACAGAUAAAGAUGGAGAGAAUUUUGAUGAUGCAGUGGAGGAGCGUGUGAUUAAUGAAGAAUACAAAAUAUGGAAGAAAAACACACCAUUUUUAUAUGACUUGGUGAUGACACAUGCCCUAGAAUGGCCAAGUCUAACUGCACAAUGGCUACCAGAUGUUUCAAGACCCGAUGGUAAAGAUUACUCCUUGCACAGACUUAUUUUAGGAACACAUAC